AUGUCUCCAAUUCCCGCGCAACGUCCGAUUCUUUUAGAUAGGGACCGAGCUCUGUCUGAUCAAGAUGUCGGACUUCUUUAUCAAAUUAUUAGUCGCGCCGAGCAGAAUCCUGACGUCGACCGUUUACCCUACAGAGCACUAUUUGCAGCGUACGAUGAAGUUCUCACCGAACAUGGCGGGCCAGACGCAGACCCGGACCAGGUCUGCAUGCACUUUCUAUUCAAGAUGGGCACCGGCGGCCUUGCAAAUCAGUCCUUGUUCGAUAAAUUUGAGAAUAUUCUACAACGCAUGGGAAUCAUCCUUUCAUUUGAUGACACGGCAUCUGAAGAGAUCGGUCGUUAUGCGCUGCCAUCUAUACAAGAGGUUGAAGACGAAGGACAAUUCACCGACCGGAUCGCUGAAGAUACAACGCAAAGAUCGCAGCGCAAAAGAAGGGCUUCAUUUAACUCAAUGUACGAUGUCAAUGAAGAUGCCACACAACGAUAUGGAAAUCGGCCGAGUUCGAGGUCCUCGAUGUCUCGACUUGAUCCAGGCAAGCCAGACUUCGUGGAGACCGAUGAUGAACCUCGAAAUAAACAAACUCAACAAGAUCCAGCAACUUUGCUUGAUAAAAACCAAUUAUUGGCACAGUUUCUGGAAAUGGGACGUCGGCUGAUGGGUGGUUUAGAUCCAACGAGAGGAGAACAACAACUACCUCACAAUAAUCAACCUAUUCAGACAGCAACAAAUGGACAUUUGAGCUCAUCUCCACAAUCAUCUCGGAGCGGUUCAGAGAUCAUGAGACAAACGGACGGCAACCAGUUUCCUCAAGAUGACAGAAGCUUCUACCCAGAAGACAUGGUGGAAUUCAAUGAUAUGAAUCUCAAACCUAGUUUGUCUGACAUGUUGCAAGAUGCAUCUAGCUUCUUGAUGUAUCGGAGACGAGUAACAGCAAGGAACAUUAUCUCAUACUGGCUAGACCAAGCCGUUCGCUUACAGCAGAGAAAUCGAGAAAUGGAGGCAGUGGCUCUUAAUCAAGACCGAGCAACACUUCUACGGCAAGCCCUUGACUUGUGGCGAGCAGAGCUUGAAAAGAAACGCCAAAAUUCUCGUACAAAGCGAUUUUUUCGACACCUCGAAAAACGAGCAGCAAAAGCAAGGGAUUUGUAUCUCAUGACCAAAGCUUUCAGUCAUUGGGCACAGCUUGCAUCCGAUGAACUGUCGAAAACAUCAGCGGCGCGCGAAUAUAUCCUAAGUAUCAAAUAUUUCAAUGCUUGGCGCGAGAUAACAGCAGUCAAUGGAAUAAAGACACAGCGUUUCGCAAUUCAAAAGCCUCUUGAUGGCUGGAGAAGAAAAAUGCAGCAAAUCAAAGAGCUGAACGACCAUGCCAUUGUCACUCACGAAUAUAAUAUGAAACGAAAGUUUUUGUUGUUGCUGCGUUCAAAUUUCUAUUAUGAGCAUCGAGCGCCAGAAUGGAGUGACUUUCGACUGAUGAAGGGGUCCUUUCUUUCUUGGAUUCGUGCUCUAAGAACACAGCGAGAACGUGAGGCCGAUAUAGAUCAAUCAAAACGUCAAGAGCUGCUACAUGCAGCACUAAAAACAUGGUCUUAUCGACUGAGGUCAGUGAACGCUGCUGAGGUUGAUGCAAAAACAAGUCAUAAGAAUAAGUUAUUGGGAGAGCAAAUCGAGGUAUGGAGUGCGCAGACUCGGCUGCACCCAGCAGCUAUUCAGACAGCCACAAAGAUAGAUACGAGAGUACUCAAGACUACCCUUACCAAAUGGCGACUACGGAAUGAGAGCAUGCAGCAGGCAAAAGAAGCUGAUCGAUUGAGAGUACUAUAUAAUACUUGGACUACUUGGAAUGAUCAUCUACGUUGUUAUGCACUGAAAGAGCGCAUUGAUGAACGACUAAAGAAAGAAGCUAUCUACCGAUGGGUUCUGGCGGAAAGGUAUCGCCUUGCACAGCGAAUAAGAGACCAACGCAUACAACGCGAGGCUUUUGCUCAAUUCAUUUUCACUGUUCGGGAUACAUCAAAAGAGCUGUUGCAGCGUGAAGUACAAUAUUCUCACUGCUAUAAUGAGGAUCUAGCACGCUCCGCUCUCGAGUGUUGGAGGAAUAAGCUUGCCAUCCAACGUCAAAGAGAGUAUGCUGCCAUGGAAUUCUACGUUCCUCGAAUCGAGCAAGAGGCGAUUACCAUCUGGAACGGCAGGCACCAACAUCUUCAGAAUCUAGAUAAAUGGUCGAGGGAUGCUCGGUUCUAUUUCGUGACAACCAGGUUUGUUAAGCUUUGGCACAAUGCUGCUUUAGAUGCAUCGAAGAAGCGCCGGCAAGAAGCCUACGUCAAGAUUCGCAGAAAAGUCAAGAUGAACAUUGCAGCGAGUGCUUUGCGCGUUUGGCAUGACAAAUCGCGGCAUAUGACAAAUCUUCACAAUCAGGCCAAUGAACUCAGCCAAACAAAGCUACUUAUAUACUCAACUAAGCUUAUCGGUCGUUGGCGGGACAAGACCGCAAAGGUCAUUCAGGAUACCCAGGACGCCGAGGUGUAUUACCACAGACAACUUGCUUAUCAUCAGCUGACACGAUGGGUGGACGAGUAUGAAACAUGUCGCGGCAUGGAAGAGCAAGCUGACGGUAUGAAUCUGAUACGUGUCUCUGGUGUCGCUUCUGCACAGUUGCGUAAGCUCAGCCUUCGUAUCUUCCAGAUCCGAAGUGCAGCCGAGAUGGGGGAGUCAAUGCAUGAUCGUAUAUUGAGAAAGCAUUACCGAAACAUGCUUCGACAUUGGACCACCAAGCUUAGAGCGCAGCGUGGCGAACAAGAAGCAAUCGUAUCAACUGGCAUUGACAUUGUGACCCAUGAACCUAACACGCCGGGCACAGCUAUGAUACCUGAAUCAGCAGAUGACACCCUGAACAUGAGCGAAUUAGGUUCUUUACCCGACUUUCGCUUAGCCUCAACAACGCCAAUUGCGACUCCUGGGUAUUUGGCAUCUCCCUCCAGACGAGCCGCUCGAGCACGCAUGCUCGCUCAAAUGUCAACCACUCCAGCGACUCCCCUAUUCACACCUUUUGCAACUCGUCUUCGUGCAGCUCUAGAUGGAGACAAAUAUGGCUCAGAAAAUAAGACUCGAAGCCGGCGUGGUUCCAUGGCAACAAUGGUUCGAUUUGCCAUCGAAGAACCCGAGUCACCGACUGAAGGACGGAAAUCGUCAACAAGAAGGGACUGA